UCAACAUGUUAAACUUCGCCGUGUUUCUCGCACUUGUUGUGGUUGGAGUAGCUCGCUUCCUCGCAAGGCGAAGCAAACUGCAACAAAUUGCCAAGCAUUUUUCUGGUCCCAAACCGGCUUUUCUGUUCGGAAAUCUGCUACAAUUCCCUAAAGACAUUGGUGGUAUAUUCCGACGAAUGGUUCACUAUCACGAGGAGUUCGGACCGGACAUUGUAACUUGGGGAAUCGGAAACGCUCUCAAGUUCAACAUAAGCAGCCCUCGCAAUGUAGAGAAGGUCUUGAUGGCCAAAACCGUUCAGAAGUCACUGUCGUACAGCUUCAUCGAACCGUGGCUCGGAAAAGGAUUACUCACUUCGUCUGGGAGAAAGUGGUUUCAGCGAAGAAAAACCAUCACACCUACGUUCCACUUCAAGAUACUGGAAGGGUUCGUAGAGGUGUUCAAUCGCAAUGCGGAUACCCUGCUUGAAAAGUUGAGAGGGAACGAAGGAGGGUCCGCUUUCGACAUCUACAGCUACGUAUCGUUAUACGCUUUGGACAGUAUCUGCGAAACUGCAAUGGGAGUUCAUGUUAAUGCCCAAAAUGAUCCGGAGAAUCAGUACGUACGAGAUGUAAAUCGAAUGACGGAAUUGAUACUGUUGAGGAUUUUUAGUUUUCUGGGUAUGUUCCCCAAGCUCUACUGGUAUCUUCAUCCGAAAGCCUGGGAGCAGCGACGAUUAGUGCGAACUCUACAUCAAUUUACGGAUGCAGUUAUUUGGAAACGUCGAGAGCAGCUUAUAAAGGGACAGCAAGACAACGAUGCGGAUAAUGGUACGCUUUCUAAAAAGAAACAAACUUUCCUGGAUCUGCUGCUUUGUAUGGAUAUUGAUGGUCAGCCUUUGUCGAACGAAGACAUUCGCGAGGAAGUUGACACGUUUAUGUUCGGAGGUCACGAUACGACAUCAUCAGCAAUUUCCUUUACUAUAAUGCAACUAGCAAGGCAUCCAGAUAUUCAAGACAAAUUGUACGAAGAAAUUCUAACUGUCUUGAAAGGCCAGAACACCAAAACAACCCAUCUCACCUACAACAAUAUCCAAGAGUUUAAAUACCUUGAUUUGAUAGUAAAAGAAUCCCUUCGAUUGCUACCACCAAUAUCCUACGUCGGAAGGAAGCUGUCCGAAGACACGGAGCUGAACGGGGUCGUCAUUCCCGCCGGCCAGGACAUAUUCAUUCCCAUUUACAUGGUACACCGGAAUCCCAAGAUUUAUCCCGAUCCAGAACGAUUCAUACCGGAGCGGUUUGCUGAUGACGCUGCCAUUACACGGGGUCCCUACGAUUACAUUCCGUUUAGCAUUGGGUCGAGAAACUGCAUCGGCCAGAAAUAUGGCAUGAUGCAGCUGAAGAUGACGGUAGUUCGACUGAUUGCGAACUAUCGGGUGCUACCAAGUGAGACGACGUGUGACGUUAAAUUGCGAACGGAUUUGGUGCUGCGACCGGAAUGUGGAAUUCCGAUUAGGAUUGUGACGAGAAACUGAGGGGUCAGUUGAAUGGGAUAGCCACUUGAAAUUUGGAGUGGUUGGUGAGUUGGGUACUCAAAAGGGCUGUUAGUAAACGAUGUAGAUAAAACUGA